GCGCUCUGUGGCCAUGGAGCGCUGCGUGCGAGUGAAGAGCUGGGUGGAAGAGAACCGGGCUUCCUUCCAGCCCCCGGUCUGCAACAAGCUCAUGCACCAGGAGCAGCUCAAGAUCAUGUUUGUCGGGGGCCCCAACAUCAGGAAGGAUUAUCACAUCGAGGAGGGUGAGGAGGUAUUUUACCAACUGGAGGGAGAUAUGGUUCUCCGGGUCCUGGAGCAAGGGAAACAUCGGGAUGUGACCAUUCGGCAGGGAGAGAUAUUCCUCCUGCCUGCCAGGGUGCCUCACUCCCCGCAGAGGUUUGCCAACACCAUGGGGCUGGUGAUUGAGCGGAGGCGGCUGGGAUCCGAGCUUGAUGGGCUCAGGUACUACGUGGGGGACACCGUGGAUGUCCUGUUUGAGAAGUGGUUCUACUGUUCAAACCUCGGCACACAGUUGGCCCCCAUCAUCCAAGAAUUCUUCAGCUCUGAGCAGUAUAGAACAGGAAAGCCCAUCCCUGACCAGCUGCUAAAGGAGCCACCGUUCCCACUGAGCACACGAUCCAUCAUGAAGCCCAUGUCGUUGAAGGCCUGGCUGGAUGUCCACCACCAGCAGCUUCAGGCAGGCACAUCUCUUAGCCUGUUUGGGGACAACUAUGAGACACAGGUAAUCGCCCAUGGGCAAGGCAGCAGCCAAGGCCUGGAACAGGAUGUGGACAUGUGGCUGUGGCAGCUGGAGGGCUCCUCGGUGGUGACUCUGGGGGGACAGCACCUUCAGAUGGGUCCUGAUGACAGUCUCCUGGUGCCAGAGAGGAGCUCAUAUGUUUGGGAGCGAGCACCAGGCUCUGUGGCCCUGUCUGUGACUCAGGACCCUGCCCGCAAAAGGCCCCUGGGGUGAUCAUCUUGCUGUGAGACCAAAGCGGCCAUGGCAGGUUGCUCCUUGUCAAACAACUCUCCCAGUCCCACUGUUGCUCUGUAUAGUGACUGAGCACCUUAGUGUACCCCAUACCAGGCUCCAGGGGAGCCAGUAGUCUCCCUUCUCUAACAGGCAUAGGCUCAUGUCAUUUGUCGGGUGGUAUGCCAUCCAGCUCAGUCCCCCACAAGGCGCACCUGCUUGUCAUCAAGAAGGCACUCAAUAAAAGCUUUCUGAUGAACAAGCGCCCAUGGCUCCAAA